GUAGAAUCACCAAAAUAAAAUAUCCGAUAGAAAUAAAAUAUUCAAAAAGUGACUGGUCAUAUAUUUUAUUUUAAACGUCAAUUCCAUCUUACCAUUUUUAAAACAUCGAAUUACAAUUAAUUACUUAAUUAAGUCUUUUAUAUUUAUGUCUCCUAGAAGAUGGUGCUGGAGCAGCUUGAAACUGAGAGGUGGACGGACACCCCUCGACGGCCCCGCCUUUCUUGACCGUCGCGUUCUUCCUCCCAUCCUUACAGCCCUAACCUUAACCCUAACUAUAACAAAAGGUAGAUUUGGUUCUUGUUUCCCCUCUGGAUCGGCCACAGGAGAAUGGCGAUGGCCUCCCAGGACGCGAUCAAGCAGCUAGCCGCCCUUAUGGGCCAACUGGAUGAACCGCUGAAGAGCACAUUUCAGAAUGUGCACCAGGGAUAUCCAAAUGAAACUUUGGUGCGCUUUCUCAAGGCAAGAGAGUGGAAUGUCAGUAAAGCACAUAAAAUGAUGGUGGAUUCUUUGAACUGGAGAAUUCAAAAUGGGAUUGACAACAUUUUGUCUAAACCCAUAAUUCCAGCAGACCUAUAUAGAGCAAUACGCGAUUCACAGCUUCUAGGAUUGUCUGGAUAUUCCAAGGAGGGGCUUCCAGUGUUUGCAAUUGGUGUUGGACUCAGCACCUUUGAUAAAGCAUCUGUCCACUACUAUGUGCAGUCACACAUUCAAAUUAACGAGUACCGGGAUCGUGUGGUUCUGCCUGCUGCAACAAAGAAGUAUGGGCGGCAUAUAGGCACAUGCCUGAAAGUCUUGGAUAUGACUGGGCUAAAGCUUUCUGCAUUAAGUUACAUAAAGCUAUUAACCAUCAUAUCUACUGUUGACGACCUAAACUAUCCAGAGAAGACAGGAACUUACUAUAUAGUCAAUGCUCCAUAUAUAUUUUCGGCAUGUUGGAAGGUUGUGAAGCCUCUUUUGCAAGAAAGGACAAGAAGGAAAGUGCGAGUACUGCAAGGUUGUGGCAGAGAUGAGUUAUUGAAGGUAAUGGACUAUGCGUCCCUUCCACAUUUCUGUAGAAGAGAAGGUUCUGGAUCAUCUCGUUAUUCCCCUGGAGCUGAUGACUGCUUCUCCUUAGAUCAUCCUUUUCACCAACAGCUCUACAGCUACAUCAAGCAGCAAGCCUUACAACAGGAAUUCGUUGCUCCCAUCAAACAAGGGUCCUUCCAUGUAGAUGUGCCUGAACCAGAGCUCGAGGGAACAAAGAUUGUUAAUACUAUAGAGUCUGAGCUCCAUAAGAUUGAUGACCGAAACGGGCUUUCCCACUCGAUGAACGACCUUAAAAUUGACAGUGCAUGAAAAUGCAUUAGCUAGGGAUAAUAUUUGAGACUGCAGUUUGCCCUUGCUAAUGCCCUAACGAGUUCGCAUUGGAUCAUGCAGCAAAUCAGUUUGUGCUCUGUUGUUCUUCGCUCCAGGCGCAGUUGAUGUACCAGUGGGUGCGCUCUCUCAGUGCAGGCUCCAGAGGAGGGUGGAGACAGCAAGGCCUCUAAUAUUAAGCCAGGUAGGAGGAGAGAAUUGGAAGUCAUGGUGUAACUUAUCUGAAAAUGUAUCGCAAUUGUUCCGUAGGCUGAAUACUUAUUUCAACAAGUUAAAUAUUACCAGAAGCAUGUAGUAUGUUGCAUGUUGAAGUAUAUAUUGUAUGUUGUAUGACCUGCUCUAAUUUUCAGGGCAUAAUAAAAUGAAUUUUUCUGAUAACA